GAUUUGCAAUUCCAUUACGAGCUGUUGGAUAUAGAUCUAUAAAAGGCAAAGGAACUAUCUUAACGAGCGUCAUUCUCAUAUCGAACGAUCAACGGUGUAACAAUAAGUUUUACUUAUCAAGUUAAAUCCAUUAUUUAAAAACUUAACGGAGGAUAUUCGAGUAAUUACGAUGGCUUUCAAAUUAUUCGCCGUCACUGUAAUCCUAUCGUCAGUAAUCCUGAGGACAGUGAAAUCCAAUGGUCAUCAUGCACAUUCCUUUCAACAUUUUCACGGUCCUGUCACCGGUGAAAAUCAAGAAGUGACGUGGAAGGACAAACAUGGCCAUCUUCAUCAUGAUUACGUUGCCCAUCCACACUAUGAAUUUUCUUAUGGCGUCGAGGAUCAUCAUACCGGUGAUUUUCAUGGACAAAAGGAACACCGAGAUGGUAAAAAAGUAGUCGGUGAAUACACCUUAAAGGAACCAGGCGGUAAUCUAAGAACUGUCAAGUAUCACGCUGGAAAGGAUGGAUUUUAUGCUCAUGUACACAACAGCAAUGGAAUCGAUCACGAAUAUGGGAAACAUCAUUAGAAGAUAUAUAUAUAUAUAUAACGUUCGAUGUUUCGAUGUACACAUAAAUACAUACCACACCAUACAAUACUACACUAUACUAUACUAUA